AUGAAGCUUUAUCCCAUAGUCGCUGGUCUGUCCUUGGCAGCCUCGUGGAUGUCUGUGCACGCCACGCCGGACGCUGGAAUUUCAUUGACAGCCCCUGUUCAGGGUACUGUGUGGUAUUCUGGACGACCUCAACUGGUACAAUGGAGAGUAACCAAUGGAAAUGUGGAUACUAUUGAGACAGUGGAACUGAGAAACGGCAUGUCGACCAACCUUGAUUUUGUUAUCCAACUGAAUAUAUCCAAUAUCCCCGUCAACGAUGGCCAAUUCAUUUGGGAAAUACCCAACAAUACCGUCACCGACCCCAUGUGUGAGUUGAAGCAAGCCAAGCACAAUGUGUUGCUGUUGAAGAGCAACCUGGGGACGACUUACUCUGCUUACUUUACCAUUUUGGGGGUCGCUCCAGACACCACGAAUACCGCAACGGAAUCUCCCGUGAAAUCGCCGGCUUCCAACGCUUCUCAAUGGGAUGACCUUCAGAAAACCGGCCAUGCAGCGGCCGCUUCUGGUACGGCCACCAAGGGUUCAGUGGCUCCCAGUGGAGCAUCCUCAUCUUCUUCCUCCUCCUCUUCCUCCGCGACUCACAACAUCCUCGCUGUUAUCGUAACUACCGCUGGUGCGGUGGCUGCCGUGACUCUUUUGUUAUAA